UUUUUUUCAUCAAAACGGCGCUUGUCGGUAUUUUCCAUCGCUUGUUGAAUAAAAACAUUACGGCUAUGGGUGAAGCUAGUCGGUGUCGACGUAUCAUUUGGAUGGACUGCGAAAUGACAGGUCUAGAUGUCACUAGUAAAACAAUUGUCGAAAUUGCUUGUGUUAUUACUGAACCUGAUUUGACGAUUGUCGAAGAAGGACUUAAUUUGAUCAUAUCACAACCGAAAGAUGUUCUUGAAGGAAUGGAUGAUUGGUGUAAAGCAACAUUCACGUCCAAUGGCCUUCUCCAAGAAAUACGAUCCAGUAAAAUAACAGUGCAACAAGCUGAGAAUGAGAUACUAACAUAUGUCCGACAGCAUACUGAUCCUGGUAUGUGUCCUCUUGGUGGUAAUUCUGUUGGUUCUGAUCGAAUUUUUCUACAAAAAUAUAUGCCCACACUUGAAAAGCAUUUACACUACCGAAACAUAGAUGUAUCCAGUAUAAAAGAGUUGGCGAAGCGAUGGUACCCAUACAUCUAUGCAAGGAAACCGCGAAAAGCAAAUACUCAUCGAGCACUUGGUGACAUUCAUGAGAGUAUUCAAGAGCUGAAUUGGUAUAAGAAGAAUAUUUUCAUCCCACGAACAUAAACUUUGUUUUUUGUUGUUAUUUAAGUCCAACAAUAUUCAGCUAAUGAAAAAUAAGGAAAUAUAAGGUUUGGAGAAAUGCAAUAAAGUGUUAUGAAAAG